CUCGCGAAGACAUUUGUGAUUGAAGAAAUCAUGUCCUUCGUGGUUCAAGGCGGUUCCGCAUAUUUACUGUUCUCAAGCAGUACGGUGAACAUCGGCCAAGAGAUGGUGGUUGGUGGACUUUUCAUCCAUAUCAUCAUGUCUGGUCUAUUUGCUCUUCCUGCGGCUAUAUUUCAAUUGAGACUUCGCUUCAACCCUACUCCCGACUUCUAUAUGCCCGAUAUUCCGUGGAGGAAGAGUCUACACAUGCUUUACGGGUCAGUGGCUUGUUCAUGAUCCAUCAAUUUUCCGAGUUGUCGAAUACUUGAUGGGUAAUGACGGAUAUCCUUUGUCGCAUAGAUGGACUUUGUAAUCUUACAUUUCGACAGAGUGCUAAUGAUCCCCGUCACUGUCAUUUUCUAUAUUCAGAAUCCGAGUAAGCUUCAACAGGCAAUUGGCAACAACGAGGACGUUCGCAUGAUCUCUCAGAGCGACGAUGGGAAGUUGUAGGGAGAAGUAUAUGAGCUGCAUGUAAGGAGCGACAGAUGUGGUAAGGAGUUUGUAGCGUCUGUGUUAGCUUUUCUGGCUGUUCUAUAUAGGUAUAGGUUUUCAACUUAUUAUGUGUUGCGAGUGA